CUCUAUUAAAAUAUAUCAUUGAAUGGGAGAUACUGUCAAGCUUCCUCCUGGAUUUGUCUUCUCUCCAACAGAUGAAGAACUUAUCCUUCAUUUUCUCUAUUCUAAGAAGGCUUCUCUUAUUUCAUCUCAUCCAAACUUCAUCCCUGAUCUAGACCCGUCUCUACUUGUUCCUUGGGAAUUAAAUGAUAAGGCAUUGUGCGGUGGAAAUGAUGAAUACUAUUUCUUCGCCAAAGUGAAGGAAAAUAAAUCCAGUACUGAGAAUGGGCAUUGGGAGGAAAUUGGUGUGACAGUACCAAUAUUUUCAGGCACUGACCAGAAAGUGGGAAUGAAGAAGUACCUAUUAUUCCACAUUGGCGAAUUAGCACAAAGUUUUGAAACAAGUUGGGUAAUGCAAGAAUAUCAUAUUUGCUCCACUGGAUUUGAUCAAAGUACUGUUUCAUAUCAUGGUGAUAAUAAAGUGGGUGAAAAUUGGAGCGAGUGGGUUUUAUGCAGAGUGUAUGAAAUUGAUAAGAACAUGUAUCCUCAAGAAGGUGUAAAUUACUGCAACAGCGAUGAUGAUGACAGUGGAACUGAUCUUUCAUGGCAAGACCAAGUUUUUCUGUCUUUGGAGUUGGAAGAUGACAUGGAAGGAAUAACCAUGCCUCAGUAGUCAUAUAUAACAUUAGGAUUUGUGCACAACUAUAUUUGUACUUUCUUUAAUUUGCAUGUUAUGAUGGUAAUAUAAAUGCUUGUCACAAGCAGAGUGAUUACCUAUUGUUUCAAAAGCCAGGGAGGGUGAGCUUGCAAUUUGGAAACUUUGUUUAUUUUUCUUAUUAUUUAAUAAGAAAUAUAUGAGUUCAGUUCA